UGUAUAAUGUGUUUGUGUUUUUGAUUUUCAAGGAGGAGCCAUGGCCUGCGCCCGGGUACCGCUGGAUGAGCAGCAGGUGACCGAGCGAGACGAGCUUGGCAGGGAACGCUCGCUGGCCGCGCUGCACCCGGACAGGAAGCAGGAACGCCUCUUCGUGCCUUACGCAGCGCUGUCGGCCGACGCCUGUCCGGCUGAGGUGGAGGAGUUCUUGGAACGCGGCAGGUUCAUCUUGGAGGAUCUGGAAUGGCUACUCGGCCUGCCGCAUGACAAGUUUUGGUGUCAGGUCGUGUUUGACAGGUCGCUGCAAAAUUGCCUGGACUCGUACGUCCACCACGCCCCUCGCAGCCUGGACCUGGCCUCCGCGCCGUCGUCUCCGGCGGUGGCGGAAACUCAGCGUUCGCUCCACCGAGCUGUCUUCUUCGCCUUCCUCCGGAUGGCCACUCACAAGGAGUCCAAG